AUGGCCGAACCUCAAUACGAGCUGCUCUACCACCCAGGAAUUCCUGGCAGAGGCGAGUUCAUUCGUUUGAUGUUCGAAGCCGCAGGUGUCAAAUAUGCCGAUGUUGCUAGGGAUAACCCACCAGACGAGUCCGGUCCCAAUGGUUAUGGUCUGGUACAAGCCAUCACGAGUCCCGAGAGCACCGGAGAUGAUGACGGCAACCCUCCUGCAUUUGCACCACCUGCCUUGCGAAUUCACGGUGCUGGCAAGAACGGAAAGGCACUUCUGAUCCAUCAGACUCCCAACAUCCUCUUGUAUCUUGGUGGUCCUCUUAAGCUCGCUGGUUCAGACGAACCGGAGAAGUACUAUGUCAACCAGCUUGCACUGACUGCACUUGAUCUCAACAACGAGACGCACGAUACACAUCAUCCUGUUGCUGUCAUGAAGUACUAUGAAGAGCAAAAGGACGAAGCACUAAAAAAAGCUACUGACUUCCGCGAGAACCGUCUUCCCAAGUUCUUCAGCUAUUUCGAACGUGUACUUAAGCACAACAAAUCGACUGGGAAAGGCAAACAUCUUGUGGGCGAGUCUUUGACAUAUGCGGACCUUGCGCUAUGGCAAGUCAUCGAUGGUCUCAAGUUUGCCUUCCCAAACGAAAUGAGACACAGAAGCUCAGAGUCACCAUUGCUAUUCGAUCACUUCUACCCAAGCUUGAAGGAUGAACCUUGGUUGAAGAAGUACCUGGACAGCAAGAGAAGACAGCCUUAUUCCAUGGGAGUCUUCCGACACUAUCCUGAGCUUGAUCUUCAAUGA